GCGCAGGCCGAAGGCGGCACGGCGGCGGCGGAGGAGGUCAAAAUAGAGGUGCUGCACCUCCCCGAGGUAUGCAGCCCGAAGAGCAAGAAGGGGGAUCUGCUGAACGCGCACUACGACGGUUUCCUGGCCAGCGACGGAUCCAAAUUUUACUGCAGUCGGACACAAAAUGAAGGUCAUCCAAAAUGGUUCGUUCUGGGUGUUGGACAAGUCAUAAAAGGGUUAGAUAUCGCUAUGGUGAAUAUGUGUCCUGGAGAAAAACGGAAAGUGAUCAUUCCUCCGUCAUUAGCAUAUGGACAGCAAGGAUACGCACAGGGCAAGAUUCCACCCAAUGCAACACUGAUCUUUGAGAUUGAACUUUAUGCAGUAAAUAAGGGACCUCGCAGUGUUGAAGCAUUUAUUCAAAUAGACAAGGACAGUGACAAGAAACUCUCUGAACUUGAGAUAAGCCAGUAUUUGAAAGAAGAAUUUGCAAGAGAUGGCAAACAACGUCAUCCCUCAGUCCAUGAUGAAAUCUUAGCUGACAUAUUUAAGAAGAAUGACCAUGAUGGAGAUGGUUUCAUAUCAGCAAAGGAGUACAAUGUCUACCAGCAUGAUGAACUCUAAGUACUUAAAAAAUCUGGCUGUUUUCUGGACACUGAAUUUUAAAUGGUAAUACUUUGUCGCAGAUUUUUUUGUAUUUUUUUUUACAGUGGCAUCUUUUUAUAUGUCUUAAGGUGACUGUAAGAAUCUUAUUUUUAACAUUCAACUAAUAAAAUGUGUUAGAUAUUUCAAAAGAAAGAAAUAAAAUUGGAAACACCAUGAUCUAUUAUUAUUGGUUCCUGCAUCAUGUCCU